UCUUAUAGGUGUCCGCCAAGUACUAGGGUUUUGCUCAGUAUCUGGUAAGCAUAGCGUAGCAGAGCAGCAGCUGCAUCUCUCUUCGUCUCAAACAAAUCCGCUAGCCGUUGUCGCCGUUGCCGCCGCCGCCGUUGCAGCUGCAUCACCUUUCUCCAUGGGGAAGACACGUGGAAUGGGAGCUGGCCGCAAGCUGAAGACCCACAGAAGAAACCAAAGGUGGGCUGAUAAAUCUUACAAGAAGUCCCAUCUUGGUAAUGAGUGGAAAAAGCCAUUUGCUGGAUCAUCACAUGCCAAAGGAAUUGUUCUGGAAAAAAUUGGAAUUGAGGCUAAGCAGCCAAACUCUGCCAUUAGGAAAUGUGCUCGUGUCCAGCUUAUCAAAAAUGGAAAGAAGAUUGCUGCCUUUGUGCCUAAUGAUGGUUGUUUGAACUAUAUUGAGGAGAAUGAUGAGGUGCUGAUUGCUGGAUUUGGUCGUAAGGGGCAUGCUGUUGGAGAUAUUCCUGGUGUCAGGUUUAAAGUUGUAAAGGUUUCUGGUGUUUCUCUUAUAGCUCUGUUCAAAGAGAAGAAGGAGAAGCCAAGGUCAUAAGGGACACUGGAUGAAUUUUGUCACGAGAAUUUACUUCCUGGCUCUCAAUCGCUCUUCUUUGUAAUUCGCUAUCCUUAUGCCCACCCCCUACCUUCUUUAGAGCUGAGUUUUGUUUUUUCAUUUCUGACAUACACUUAUCUUGAACUGUUUUAUGAAGCAAAAUGAUGUUAUAAUCCAAGUCUGCUUGUGCUCUGACUUCCAUUAA